AUGACUCGCUCCACCUCUGACUUUCGCGGUUUCGCAGCAGCAACAUCAGCCAAUUUAUCGUCUUCCCCAAGAAAUUCUUUCUCUGUUAACUCCAGAAAUUUGCAGAAUCAGAUCUCUAAAAAACUCAAGAAAAGAGUUAUUAUGGUGCUGCCACUACUGAAGUUGGGGACAUUAGCCGUGAAAACACUGAGUAAACCAUUGGCUAACAAGCUCAAACAACAGGCUGCUUUGCACCCUAAGUUUCGUCAUUUCAUUGUCAACAUUGCUCAGACAAAUCAUCGAAUUACAACAAGAAUGCAGAGAAGAAUAUAUAGUCAUGCAACUGAUGUUGAGAUAAGGCCUUUGAAUGAAGACAAAGCUGUCCAGGCUGCUGUUGAUCUUAUUGGGGAUGUCUUUGUUUUUUCGGUGGCAGGAGCUGUUGUGAUCUUUGAGGUGCAGAGAAGUGCUAAAUCAGAAGCCAGAAAAGAGGAAAUGCGAAGACAAGAAUUGGAGGCAAUGAGGCAAAGAGAUGAAGACUUGGCAAAAGAAGUGGAACUUUUAAAACACAAGCUAGAAGAAAUUGAGCAGCUUGCCAAGGGACGAGGACUUGGUGGUAUAUUUCAAUUCAAACAUUUGAACACAGAAGAUGGAAAGGCAGCAAAAUCAUAA